UAGAGGUACAAGGGGUACGAAAUGAAUGGGAUAUAUUUGGUCGAAACAUAGGGAUCAUUUAUGGGUGGUAAGGGUGUUGACUGUGAAUUUAAGGAGCGUGGUGCCAAUGCUCGUUCUGUAUAUCUUCCUCUUUCUGUUUACUAGACGCGCUUUUCUCCAUACUAACUCAGUGUAAUUGAUCCGUCUAAAAUAUUCCUGUUUUUUCUUUCUUUUCAAUGUGUCUUUUAUUGUGUUCGGUUUCAGCUUUCUGACCGCUAGGGCUCGUGUUCCCGAACUGAUUGUUUGCCUUCGUGUCCAUGACCUGAAACCACCCUCUUCUCUUCAAAUUCUAAAUUCAACAGGAAAGUGUUGCAGCAAAGCGUUAAGUGCUCCUGUUACCUAUUACGAAUGUGUAACCCAUAAUUUUGGAAAGCUUUAACCUAAAAAUGGACGAAGAUUUGAGUUUUAUGGGCAUAACUUUGCACUUGGAUGAAAAGGCGACAGAACGGAAGAAAAAACGUCGCGUGCCCUCAGAUCAACGUCGCAGGGUCUUUAGAGCAUGUAAACAUUGUCGUUUAAAAAAGAUUCGAUGCGAUGGACAACAACCAUGUUCAGCGUGUCGUAUGAGCGAUUGCAGCUCACAAUGUGUGUACGUUCAAAAAUCACACAGAGAACUCCCUUCCAAAGAGUACUUGGAAGAGCUUUCUGAGCGACAAUUGUGUUUGGAGUAUAUCAUUACGUGUUUAUGUCCUGGCUUUAACUUGGAAACAAAAAAUCUUGUUGCAUUGAGCAAACAAUUGUCGCAGAAAAAAAAAUACAGCAAUUCCGUUGCCCCGGAACAGAACGAUGGAAGUGGAGGAGAGAUCGAAAAGCUAAAAUUGGGCCUUCGGGACAGUCAAGAUUUUGCUAAAACGUCUUCGAAUAUAUCUUCACCUGGAACCCACGUUCUGGAAGCACAGGACCAAACUGUUGUUGGGAGACUAGAGGAGUCAUUGUAUUUGGGAAAAAGUACAAUUGAAUCCUACUUGGAUUCCGUUCAAGCUCAGUUGGGUUUAGACACGUUUUCCUCUGCACUCAAGUAUCCUCAGGAAACUGACUUGCUUGCUGUUCCGAAUGAAACAGAACAGCAAUUACUCAUGCACGCACGGAGUCUUAUCCCCUCCAAAGUUGUUGUGGACUUUCUUGUUGACUCAUUUUUCACACAUGUACAGACACACUUAUUUUUGUAUCAUGCUUCUUAUUUCAAAGUACGUCUCAAGGUUUUCAUGUCUAUGGAAUCCAAUAACGACAGCGGCUUUCUUUGCAUUUUGUUGCUCGUUUUGGCCCUUGGUAAUCAGUAUGCCGCGGAACGACAGGGCGAUGUCCCAUCGAGCACUAAUCAAAUGAUAAACAUUGGUAACAAGCUCUUCCAAACUGCCUUGUGUAUAUUUCCGUUGGUACUGCAGCAAAGUAAUGUAAGCACUGUGCAAUCCGCUGUGCUCAUUGGAUUUUAUUUGCAACCCACGUUGCAUCAAAAGAGUUGCUAUACUUAUUUCGGUUUAGCAAUUAAAUGUGCGAUUUCUAUGGGAUUGCACAAGAACUGUUCUGACCAGGGCUUAAGCACAAGUUCUCAAGAACUUCGUAAUCGCUUAUGGUGGUCAGUGUAUUCCAUAGACCGGUUCAUUGCCGUUACAACUGGCCGACCUUGCUCGAUCCCUGACAGUGAAAUAAGUGUACCUUAUCCCCAAAUGUUGGCUGAGCUUGAGGUACCCGGGAAACCAACUAUGAUUCCAAAAAUGCAUGCAAUGAUAGAUAUCGCUAAACUGUGCAAGCAAAUUCAAGAAUGCAUUUACAAUCAAAACCAUGCCUCCUUUUCGAAUCAAUUGGAUGCUAUUCGAAAAUGUUUUACCAGUCUUGAAUUGUGGAAGCGCAACCAAAAAGUUCUAACAUCAUUUGAUGAAAGCUACUAUGAGCAACCUAAUUUUCGGGAAAGUGCACAAUUGCAAAUGGUUUACGAGAAUGCUGUUUUGCUGACUGUUCGGCCGCUUACACUUUACAAAAUAAAGGGGGUUGAAUUGUCUCCCGAAUGCAUGCAGUAUGUGGACUUAUGCAAGAAAAGUGCGAUGAACAUCGUACGCCUCGCCCAUAUAUUAAUGGGCAAAGACUGCUUAUCGAGUUACUCAUUUCUUGAUUAUCACUUGCCUUUCGCAAGCGGUGUUGUUCUUUUGCUCUUUAGAAGCCUUGAACCUAACGAUUCGAUGAAUGAUGCUCUUAGUAGCCUUUGGGACGUACUUGAAUUUUUGGCCAAAAGAAAUGAGACGUCUCGUAGCAAUCUGAAGGUUUUGAAGACUCUCGAGGAGCAACUUAAGUUGACCGUGACUUACCAAGAGAAAAACAUGGCGGACGCCAUUUUUAAUGGAUAUCAGAAUUGGCAAUCUUGGCUUGGAUCGUUGGACGAUGCUAAUCUCUAUUCUCCGAUCAGUAUGCAACCUCAAUGGCAAGGAGACUUGCUGCCAAAUUCAGUCACCAUGCCAGACACCAUCGCACCAACUCUAGUUGAUGAAUCAACGGCAAGUUCUUACUUCAAACCAGAAAUACCAAAUGUUCAACAACCCCAACCGCCUAUGCCGUUGGAGGUAGCACCAUCAUUGAGUUUACCUGUGACGGUAGAACCACAGUAUCAAAUGCCGCCAUUUAUGAGCUGGACCGAGUUGGUUCAAGGUAUUCAGGAGAAUUCACCAGCGAACUCCUCAAAUUAAUUAUGAUGUUUCUUUCUUUCUCUCGUCUUCGUUCAACAAGUUUUCUAUUAGAGUAGUUACUCAAACUAUUUCUAUUUUUUGUACAGUUAUUCAGUGUUUAAUAGAUUUUUCGAAUCCACUGUUACUUUGUUAGUAAAUGUUUUAAGAAUUGUG